AUGAUGGAGGCAAUCUACGAGGAACUGGUGGUGCUGAAGGAGAAGAAGCGCAAUGCCAUGCGCGAGAUAUUACGGCGCUCAGCUGAAGUUACCCGAGCCAAGAGUGAACGCAUUGAAGGGCUUCUUGCUUCGACAGGCCAGCAGAUUGCAGAAGAGCAGGCCAAGGUCGCCGCGCUGCAUGAGGAGUUGCUGCCAAAGCGCGCCAAGUCCAUGUUCCUGGAUGGCGUGCAGGCGGAGGCAAUGACAUCUCUCGCUAGCAGCGUUCAAAAGGCAGAGGCGCGGCUCCAACGCGCCAAGGAUGCGCUGAAGUGGGUGGCUAAUCCCCGCCACAACUCGGACGCCGGGCACCGACUUCUCUCCCGCUGCUACAAGAUUGAGGCAGAGAACAAGGAGCUGGCCGCUGCGUAUGUGCGGCAGGGAGGCGAGCGGCUACAGCGCGAGGUUGUGAUUUUGCACGAUGAAAUCGAAGCACAGCAGCAACAGCUUGCGUCAUCAUCAUCACGUGAGCGACCGUGCUUUGAGAAUAGGCGGCGAUGA